AUGUCACUUAAUAAGGAAAUUCCUUUAGCUACAAGACAGUUAAUUAUAAAAUUGAGAGAUGAAGGUAAAACUCUUCGCUAUAUUGGUAAAAUAGUUAGGAGGCCUCAUUCUAGUGUGCUGAGAGUUAUUCAGAACUACCUUGAUACUGGAAAUCUUGCUGUAAAACCAAGAAGUGGAAGACCUAAGAAGCUUACUCAGAGAGAAGAAAGAAAAGUUCUUUUGCGAAUUAAGCAAAAUCCUAAACUUUCUGCUGCAAGUAUAACAAAAGAUAUUUUUUUAACAAGCAAUAAGGAAAUUUCCCCUGAAACUAUCAAUGGCCACCCUAUUGUAUGGAGAAAACCGGGAACACAACUGAAUCUGAGAAAUUUAAAUCCAACUGUUAAACAUGGAUCUGGUGGUGUGAUGGUAUGGGGGUGUAUGUCUUCGAAUGAAGUUGGAAACUUGCAUAUUAUUGAUAAAGUCAUGGACAG